GAGCAGAACCCCCUUCUCGUGCUAUUUACAGAAUGUCAUACCAAGAGACUAACGAACUGAAGAAACAACUUGCCGACUUGCUAAAGAAAGGAUAUAUUCAACCUAGUACAUCACCAUUUGGAGCACCUGUGUUAUUCGAAACUCUGGAAAAAGGAUAUCAGCAGGAUAAGUAUUUUGCACCAAUCUUUGAAACAUUGAAAAAUUCAGAAGGAAGUGAUGAAAAACAAAAAGCACGAGCAGUACAUUAUGAAUUGAGGGACAAUAAAUUAUAUUUGAAACAGGGUCAACAACUUGCUAUUCCUAAAAAUAAAGAAUUGCAAACUAGACUGUUACAUGAAUAUCAUGAUAUUCCUACUGCGGGACAUUUAGGAAUUGACAAAACAUACAAAGCUAUUAGAAGAGAUUACUUUUGGCCAAAAAUGGGAAAAGACGUUCAAAAAUAUGUCACCAGUUGUGAUUCGUGUCAAAGGAAUAAAAGUAGUAAUCAACAACCAGCAGGACUUUUACAACCACUUCCAACACCAACAAAAUGCUGGGAACAAGUCACAAUGGACUUUAUAGUACAAUUACCAACAACACAUAGGGGAUACGAUGCAAUCGUAGUAAUUGUAGACCGACUAUCAAAACGUGCACACUUUUGUCCAACACAUACAUCAGUGACUGCACUGGAAGUUGCAAAAAUCUUCUUUGCCACUAUUUUUAAAAAUCAUGUAGGAACUAAAUUGGCUUUAUCAACUGCAUUUCACCCACAAACAGAUGGACAAACAGAACAGAUGAAUAGAACACUAGAAGAAAUGUUACGUGCAUACUCCUCAUACAAACAAGACAAUUGGGAUGAAUAUCUACCUGCCGCUGAAUUUGCUUACAACAAUUCCAAACAACCUUCAACUGGACAUACACCAUUUGAAUUGGAUUGUGGUCAACACCCAAACACUCCUAGUUCAUUAGCAGCAAAGAAAAACACACAAGUACCAGCAGCAGAUGAUUUCUUGAAUCAUUGGGACACUAUGAUUCAAAUCGCAAAAGAUACCUUGAUGAUUGCUCAAGAAAGACAAGUAAAAUACUCUAAUCAAAGUCGACGUUACGAAGAAUACAAAGUAGGAGAUAAGGUCUUGUUGUCUACACGACAUAUAACUACACCAAUUGAUAAGAAUCGACCAACCAAGAAGCUUGCACCAAAAUACAUGGGACCAUACACAAUCAUUGCUGAAGUUUCUACAACUGCGUAUAAAUUAGACUUACCAGGAAAUUUAAAGAUUCAUCCUGUUUUCCAUUUGGUACGAACAAAACCACAUUAUUUAGUUAAAUGGAAAGGUUAUCCAUUACAUGAUGCAACUUGGGAACCUGCUGAACAUUUGAAGAAUGCAGAGAGGAAAAUUAAAGAAUUUGAAUUGAUGAGGAUGUCAAAUCUUAAGGAGGGGAGAAU